UUUGGAGGCAUUUGUUUCAUCUGAUUGUACUCGUCUUACUUACAGCUAUGGCGGAAGCAUUGAAAGAAACCAUGAGCUCGGCUUGGACAGGCGUCAAGCGUGGUCUGUCCAGCGCACCUCCUAACGAUGCCUAUCUGGCCUGGAAUGCUCCGGGUGUCGAGACCAUCAAAUCGGACGAGGAAGAGAAAACACAGCAGAUUAAGGAUGUCAUGGAGCGCAUGCAGAAGCGCAACUUCGAUCUUCACCGACAUGCCUUCCGCGCAACUCAUGUCAAGACGCAGGGCAUCGUCAAAGGCAAGCUUCAGGUCCACUCGGACUUGCCAGAACAUCUUCGUCAGGGUAUCUUCGCAGAGCCAGGCAAAACAUAUGAUGUUGCAGCAAGAUACGCGAACGAACCGUAUCUGCUCCAACGUGACCAGGAGCCCGGUCCUCGCGGUCUUGGACUCAAAGUAUUCGACGUCACCGGUCCUCGACUGGAGGGCGUCGACGAAUCGGUCAAUACACAGGACUUUCUCUUUAACAACGCACCUAGUAUAGAACUCACAGAUGUCGACACCACGCUGGAGAUCAUGAGUUUGCGUGAGAAGUAUUUCGACGACCCAGCGGCGCUAGGCAGACAUCUAAAGCUUCGAAGCGACAUGAUAAAGCAGCAUGCACCGUACAUGCUUCCGGACACCAACAUAAUUUCUCAUGCCAUGUAUACUCAGUCAGCGUUCAGAUUCGGCCAAUACUAUGGACACAUGGCCCUAUUCCCAGUGCUUGAGACCCAGAAGGCAGCAGACGACAAGGUCAAGAACGACGACCCAUCAUGCGUGCUGUCAGACUGGUUGUUUGACUACUUCGCCGGAAAAGAAGCCAAGUACGAGUUCAAGGUAAGCAACGAUGUGUCGGUGUCCCACAGACAGUGUACUCACAGAAAUCAGAUCCAACUUGGAACUGACCCAGCUCACCACCCUACUGAAGAUGGAAGCGUCGUGUGGGACGAGGCUACUUCGCCCUACCAAUCGCUGGGCACGAUCACAUUCCCGGCACAGGACAGCUUCGGCCAGGAACGACGAGUUUUCUGGGAAGACCGGAUGUCUUUGGAUGCUUGGAGAGGUCUGGCCGCUCACAGGCCGCUUGGGGGUAUCAACAGAUUACGGAAGGGAGUGUAUCCACACAGCAAGAAGACCAGAGACAGGAUCAACGUUUCCAAGUCAGAAGACGUUCGAAGUGUUGAUGAGAUUCCAUAGAAUAGGCAGGGCUUUUGAUGCACAGUGUGGCAGCGAUUAUCUCGGUUGUUUCCAG